AUGUCCACCACAAUUUCUUCUCUUUCCUUCUCUCUCCCUCUCCGCCACAAUUCUAGGGUUUCUCCUUUCAAUCCAAUCUCUUCUACUAUUCCAUUCCAAUCAUUCACCCUUCCUACAAACAAAUGGAGAGUUUUGUGUUUUAAGCAUGAAAAUAUUCCAUCAGAAACUAAUGACUCUGAGCUCAAAGAAGAUAAAUUGUCGGAAGAUUUGAUCAAGUUUAAAGGCGAUGAUGAUGAUGAGGCCAAAGACUUGAAAAAAGACUGGCUUGCUGCUCUUCAUACGAUCAUAAAUACCGUUCUUGGUGUGGAACCCUGGAAAGUUCCUUGGACUGCAAAGACCAUUGUUCAGGUUAUGCUCCUCUGGAUUGCCUCAUUCUGGUUGGUAGGUUCUUGGAUAGUUCCAUUUUUAGCUUACACAGCAGGUUUUAGGAAGGAAACUCUUUCAUACAGAGGACAAGCAUUGUACAGUCUCUUGACAGAUGUUGCCGAAGGCGUGGUUGGGAUAGCUAUACUUCAUCGUUGUCUUGCAAAGUUUAAACCACUCCCAGAUGAUUGGUUCAGAUUUGAACUCAAAGGGAACUGGCAGUUUGAUGUCGGUUUAGGCUGCCUCAUGUUCCCCCUCAUCAAUCAUCUGUCCCAAAUGAACCUAAAUUUAUUGCCUGUUCUUCAAUAUGCUCCAGUUACAGUCUCGAGUGUAGAGCAAUCAAUUUUAGCACGAGACCCUGUGGCAAUGGUCCUAUAUGCAGUGGUAGUUUCAGUUUGUGCCCCAAUAUGGGAGGAGAUUGUCUUUCGAGGUUUCCUUCUCCCAUCUUUAACGAGGUACAUGCCUGUGUGGAGUGCAGUAUUAGUCAGCUCAAUAGCAUUUGCGUUGGCACAUUUUAACAUCCAGAGGAUGCUGCCCCUUGUAUUUCUUGGCAUGGUGAUGGGUUCUGUAUUUGUACGGUCUAGGAACCUCUUGCCAUCAAUGUUGUUGCAUAGUUUGUGGAAUGCUUUUGUAUUUCUGGAUCUCAUGAAAUAG